UUUACACCGCAGCCAGUGCCGUAUAUAUUUCUUGCGUCAGCAGCAAAAAAGUGAUAUUCGGUGCUGCAUCGUUACUUUCGUUCAACUAGUUGCAAUAAACUUAUUUUAAAAAGGCACAGCCAUAGUAGAUGAACACUAACCUUAAUUAUGUCUGCGGUUUCAGAAUAUAAAUAAAAAAGUCAAUUACGUGAACAAAAUCUUCCUAACGCAAAUUCUCGGGCUUACAAAGCUCAUACAUUUAAUGUCUUGAAUAUUUUUGGUGUGGCUUAUGUGUCCUUUAAUGUGAUGUUUGUGUAUCUUUAAUCAUUUAAUAAAAAUAAAAAUAAGUAAAAGCGUGCUAAGUUCGGCCGGGCCGAAUCUGGCAUACCCUCCACCAUGGAACGCAUUUGUCAAGAUCUUUGCACGACUUCCCAAAUAGAUUUGAGCUCCUAGAAGGGCAAAUCGUAAGAUUGGUAGAAAUUUUGAACGUGGAGAAAAUUGAACUGAUCUUCCUCUUACCUAAUGUAUUGGAUCCACGGAUAUAAAAGCACAGCUAAUCUUGAAUACUCACCGACAAUAAUCACUGGUAUGAGAAUAUUUCCCUUCUUUUGUUGCUUAAACAAGAUAUGCGCAAAUGAUGAAUUGGCUUAUCCAAGUAAAUGGAAUUGCUUUUCAGCAGGCCUUGUAAAAGUGUAACUCCAAAAUAUUGAAUUAAACAUUGAAUAAAUAAAAGGAAGCAGAAAACGUUGUACGUAGCAAAUAAAUAAACAAAAUAUCAACGAAAAUUAAUUUGAAAUCGCUCUUGUAGCAGCUUAAAGCAAAGCUCGUGUAAUUGCUUUAAACGUCACACUUGGCCAGAGUCGACCGCAGCAACAUUAACAACAUAGGCGAUCGCGACAGCAACUAAACAACAUGGCCGCGAUCAACUGGAUGUGCCUCUGUUUUUCAUUGCAUUUGGGUGCUUUGUUCUUCGAAAAUGCUUGGUGUAUAACCACCGGUCCAAGGAGCAACGAUGCCAAUAUAACUGAAAUGAGUGUCAUCCAACCGCAAAAUAAAUCCAGCUAUGUGGGAGACAACGUCACCCUUAUGCUGGCUGAGGAUUCAGAACUCAGUGCAUCGGAACGGACAAGACGUUUAAUUCCAUAUAUGGCAUUUUAUGUUCCCAUUCAAGAAUUGCCCAUUAACCAGCAAUAUGCAUCUGUGCAGACGCCAAAACAUGUUGCGAAACCAAGUGCAACAGGAUCUUCUGGGUCACAUAGCAUACAGUUGCCCCCACAAUACGUACACUUAAAAUCAACUGCAGUUUCUGGUGUAGGCAGUGGAACUGAGAGUGGACCCACAUCCUAUUUACAAUCUUCACCAGCUGCUCCACAUUAUCAGGCCAGUGCAGGCGAUGCUUAUCACACACUUACACGUGGAGGCACUCAACAGAUCCAGCCACAGUAUCAAUUGCCACCGACACCUAUAAAGCACCACAGCGAUAACAGUGGCAGCAACAAAUAUCCAGACCGGCAUUUACUGUCUCAUGGGCUACCGGGACCCUCAGCACCAAACACAGCUAACUUGGCUGGCGUCAAGUUAAAUCCCAUUCGACACAAAACUGUACAACAUUUCCCACCGUUAACUUCGCAGUCAGCAGCAACAUCGCAAUUAUCUACAUCGGCAUAUGAAGCUCCAUCCUCCACCAGCUCUGAAAAGUAUCAACAUCACGGUAUUGCAUACCGUCCACGAACGAAGCAAUCUAAAAUCAAUUUAACACCAUUUACACCAGCCAACUCAGUGCCAGGAAAUUUUGUGCCAAUUGUUUAUACGCCAGUAAACAGCAAUAAUAAUAACUACAACAACAUUGUCCUUACAUCACAGGGUGCAGCCUCCGUCGACACCAUCAACUCCUAUAAUGUUCCAACAAAUACAUUCAAUGGAGGCGCAAAGCAACAACAAAUUGCCAUUGAAUAUUCCCAUCCAUUGGUGCAGUCAAUUACCGAGACUCCUCUUCAAUCCUAUCGCCCUCCACAGCAACCUCAUCAUCAAGUUCAUCAUGAUAUUCCUAAACAACAGGACCAACAAUAUCUCAGUGUAACAUCACCAGCCUCACAGCAAACUGGCAGUGAGACUGGAACGAGUGGAGGAAGUACCCAUCAACAAAAUACACAAACCACUGGUGCUGUCGGAACAUACACCCAACAGAUUGAAGAACUACAACUGCAACAUCAGAACCGUCCAAAACAGUUACAAAAGUUUACAUUGAUUAGAUCAAAGCAACAGCAGGCGGAUCAACCAUAUGGAACAAAGUUCACGCAUUUCACCCCAUCGAAAAUCGAAAACUUUUUUGACUUCGAACAACACCAAGAACAAGAUGGGCAAGUUGAACAGCCUACUCGUUAUAAUGAUAAGCAGCAGUAUUAUCCAUAUCAUCAACAGCAGAAAGAGCAGCAGCAUACAGUCUUUUUAACGAAACCAAAAUACCGCGAAAGCGUUCAUCAACAACCCACACACAUAAUUGUUCUCAGUCCAACAGCGGCUACAAAUGAUGCCCUGUCCCAAGCUCACUCCGGAAAAUAUGCUCUUGCCAGUGGCCCCAUACGUCAGCCAUCAUAUACACGGCCUGAACAGAGCUCUGUCUCCUCUCCUGGUCAACAAGAGAUACAGAAUAUUGAAGCAUCCUCUACCCCAGUUCAAUCAAAUUCACAAUUGCCAUUUGAAGAACAAAUUCUUACAAUUCCAGUACACAAUCUGUUCAGUGAUUUGCGAAAUUAUCAACAUAUCCAUUAUGCGCCAUCAUCACCAUCACAGCCGUUGGUAUCUAGCUUGAACUAUAACAAAAUAGGCGGGCAAUCUGCACAGCAAUAUAGCGACGUUUCAGUUAACGACCCAAAACAAGCGUUGGAUGAUGAGCAAAACGAAACAUAUAAAAAAAACAUCCAGCAACAACGUAAGCAAACAUUACGUCCUCCGCCUCAAGCAUUUAUAGAAGUGAUGACAACGGCAGCACCCUUUCAUCAACAUAUAAUCCAGGAAAACUAUGUAUCCACUAGCCGACCACUGCACAAGCCUAAACAUAACGCAGGGUCACAAACACCAAAAGAAGAAAAGAAUCCCAAUUAUCCAACCAUUAGACAGCCAAAUCCAAUGGCUAGACCUUUAGUGACCGUCACGUCGACACCACAUACCAUGAUUAUGGACUCUGCCCCAAAAUAUGUGUACGUCGAAGAGGAAUUCGGACAGAAGUUGUCUGCUGGCUCCAUUAAACUGAAGCCGGUUGAUAAAUAUGGACAUAAUAAACAAACAGGUACAAAACAGCUACACAAUUUGCAACACCUGGCACAACGCCCUCCCACGGCUGUUGAUGAACCAGCGGACGUUGCUGCAACACUACAGCAACAUCAACAACACACACCACCACCAGAAACCUCACACCACAUUCUAGCUGAUCCCAAUGAGUUGCCGGACAUACGUACAUCUUCCCUAGCCGAAAUCCUUCACAAAUUACAGGAAAGCAAUCAUCUACCACAUACUUUGACACCAGAUAACAUAGACAAUUCCAUAAAAACACUCAUUCGUAUAUUGAACAACUUGAAACAGACUCAGACGAUUGUGCCGUAUCCAUCACAAUAUUACGAAAAAUCACCACCCUUUUCGCCCGAAUAUGACUACACAUCUGGUGGCGAUGUGGUAGAACAAAGCUUACAUAAGGUACAGGAUGCAAAUCUAAUACCACCUUCGGUGCCGGGUCCAAACAAACAUCCGGGUCCUAGUACGGGACGGCCAGGUAUCGACUACCCAAACUAUUCAGAAAUACCGCAAACUUCGUUCGAUUGCUCGGAACAACGCUAUAAAGGUUUUUUCGGCGACCCAGAGACAAAUUGUCAAGUUUGGCAUUAUUGUGACCUCAAUGGAGGUAAAGCUUCAUUUUUAUGUCCCAAUGGCACUAUUUUCAGUCAGAUUGCUUUGACUUGCGACUGGUGGUUUAAUGUUAAAUGUGCUACAACUGCGCAAUUGUAUGUCUUAAACGAACGACUAUAUAAAUACAUUUUACCUUUCACGCCAAAGUUUCCAGAAGACUACAGCGGACCAUUGGUGGAUAAAUACCUGGCCAUGAAAUUCCAUGAGAUGGAAGAAAAAAUGCGUCUCGAACGAAAACAAGCGUUAGAAAAUCAACAAGAAAAUGAACAAAACCAUGAACUGCCAUUAGAAGACACCAAAGAAGAAACGCGUUUAGAAGAUACGACAAAAUCAACUAUGCCCAUUCAAAAACCAGUUGAGUCAUCAAUGCAGAAACACGAUUCGAUUAACUCACAAGUUAGUGAACAAAGUUCGGAGCGUAAUUUACUCAUCGAUGACGAGGUAGAUGAUAUUUCACAUCGUGGAUCGAUGGAUACGUUCGAGGUUACCACAUUAGAAACGGACACGACAAAGGACUUGCCGUUUAGCCUAAAACCAAUUAUUGUUUCCUCGACCGCGGGACCUGCUGGUUGCGACGAAGAGGAACAACAGCAACAUCAACAACAUGAUGACGCCAAACGUCGCACCGACCAGGAACUAGAAACUAACAAAACAGAGGCGAACAACAAACCUCAAAAGGAAAUAAUAGCAAAAAUAUUCGAAAAACAUAUAUCACCUUCCAUAGCAAAUACAAAAACGGAUCUAAUGAAAAUCACCGUAGAAAAGGUUGACGUAAUUGAAAUUAAACCUGAUGGUAAUACUGACCAUUUAAUACGGAAAAUGAUUCAAAAUAAUGACAACAAAUAGUAACCACAUCAAUUAUACUUAUUUAUUUGUAGAAUACUAAAACUAAAACUACCCAGUACUUACUAAAAUUUUCCGAGUACUUCUUCCAACGACCAAUACCAUGUAAUUCGAGUACAUUUUUCUUCGACUAUUUUUAUACAUAGAACCAUAAUCCCGUUGAUUUCCAGUAAAAAUAUGCAGGAGAGUAAGAACCUUUAGUCUUGUUUGUUAUUUAUUUUCAUAGAAUAAAAUAAAACUGUUAUUUUUCAUGAAAAUAUUUUCGAGGCAGCUAAUUUUUAUUAGAAAACAUUUUUAGUACUCGAGAAAAUUGAGAAAACGAAUCAUUUUGUUAAAAGAAAAAUACUUCGGUUAAAUGCUUGGUUUGGAUUUUUAUAUUCUUGGUGAUAAGGAUUAACAAACAAUGCAAAAUUGGAAAGAAUUCAUCAGAAGUGUCAAAUGUGAAAAAGUUCACUUACGGAUACCUCGCGAAGGCAGUUACCAAUACGUCGCUGGAAAUGACUUAAAUAAGCAAAUUAAUUCAAAUCCGUUGGAAAUGGCGCCAUGUAGAGGCUCAAGAAGUAAAAUUGGGAGAUCGUUUCAGACCAUAUUCAGGAUAACCGUCAUAUGCCGCUAAAGAUCAUAAGAGAAAUCAUCGUGCAAAAUUUCGCUCAAAUCGCAUAAGAAUUACGCCCUCUAGAGGCUCAAGAAAUAUUUCGGCUGGUUUAUAAGGGAGUUAUAUCAGGUCUUGGACCAUACUUGGCAUGUCUAUUAGAGAUCAUGGAAAAAGGAAUAGUGCAAAAUUUCAGCUCAAUCGGAUAAAAAUUGCGCUUUCUGGAUGCUCAUGAUUUAUAAUCGCGAGCUAUAUCUAAACAUGGACCGAUUUGGUUCAUUUACAAUCCCAACCGACCUACAUUAAUAAGAAGUAUUUAUGUAAAUUUCAGGCGCCUGGCUUUACUUCUUCGAAAGUUAGCGUGCUUUCG